GAGAUCGCCUUCAUCCAAUUACUGCCGCAUUUCCACCCGUCAAUUGAAAUCAAAACCAAAAUAUAAAAAGUAUCCAGAAACGUGUGGUGAAAACUAAGAAACCAACCAUGGAGCCAUUCAGUCGAAGUGAGAGACAGAUACAUGGAAGAACAGAUGUGUUCUUCAAGCCACCCAGUCGACCUGAACAAGACACAAGGCCCUUGAGACAGAGACAGUUGAACAAAAGGGCAAUGGAUCUUCAGCAAAGUGGUGGAAUAGUCAACAUAAAGGGUGGUCAGAUGCAGUUUGGGAGGCAUAGAGAAGGAGAUAUCCCUCCUGUGAAGAUUGCACAAGAUAAAGGUGAUCUAGAGUGGAGUGACAAGCCGGCGCAGACCUCGCUGCCGUCCACGGGUGACUCGGCCGACCUGUUUCCGGACGGCGGGGAGCCGGCGCUGGCCUCGGCCGAGUUCAACACCACCCUGCGGCUGGCGCAGCGCAUCCGGCGCCUGGAGCUGGACGAGCCCGACCUGGACCGGCUGGCCGAGGAGCGGCUGCAGAGCUGCCCGUGCGCCGCCCAGCAGGUGCGCAGCAAGGCGUUCGAGCGUCUCAACUACGGUCCGAGCGAGUGUCAGUACGGUAACCUGGUACCGGUCGAGCUGGAAGAGUCGCUGCUGGUCAGACAGAUCGAGGCACGCACGCAGGCCCGCGUGGAAGCGUACCGUCCGGAGCCGGGCCGGCGGCCGCCGGCGCCGCACGUCGGCGACCUGAUGCACCUGGCCGUCCAGCACGAGUUUCCCGUGCCGCCGGCGCCGGACGCGCUGCACGUGAACGCCCCGCAGCCGCGGCCCGUCGGCCACGACCAGCUGGCGCGGCGCGCCUCGCAGCGGCACUCGCGGCUGUUCAGCGGCCAGCACAGCUGAGCGCCGGCCACGGCGUCCAGCACCGCUGAGCGCCGGCCACAGCGACCAGCACCGCUGAGUUCCGGCCACAGCGACCAGCACCGCUGAGCGCCGGCCAACUGUCCCUUCCAACAUCGCUUCAACAGCGUGUGAUGAGUGUAACUGGUCACGAUAUCAGGUAUUUGUGUACAUGAUAAGGUCCUCACUAGGCCAAAUAUCCACGGAAGCUCUGUCAUCUCAUAAUCAAUCCAGCUUCCAAUCGUGGUGUCUUAGUCACGCCACAUAUUUGUAUUAAAACUAUAGCUACCGACCGAUGAGCGACCGACACGGCUGUGAAUAUAUGACAAUUAUAUAACGAACGAGCAAGUGUAUUAACGCUCAAAUCACUCACGUGAGAAAUAUAAGUGCACCAUUGGA